AUGGCGCCGCUCCAUUGCCUCGAUGAUGACGUCGCCUCGGGAUGCGUCGCCAGAGUACCAAUUCUCCACCACCGGACUCUAUCUGUAACGUCACCGGACCUGAGGAAGAUGAUCGCUUCGGAUGAUCUUUACGAGCGCCGGAAAUCUCUAAAGAUUCAAGAGCCGAUCCUUUACGUUGCGAUGUCUCAGAAUCAGAACAGUAGGUGGUACUCUCUUGGACUCAAACCAGCAGCGGGAUACUGGUUGAUGAGCGUUCCCAUGCCUAUUUCUUAUUUCCCAUCAUCAUCAAACUCUGUUGUUGCUCUUGGAUCAAAUAUCUACAUGAUCGAUGGGGAAUCGGAUGUGUUUUCUAAGCUGAUGGUCAUGAACAGCGUCACUCAUGCGUGGACAGAGACAUUAGAGAUGAGUCAUUCAAAGAUGGCUAAAAGUUGUUUUCUGUGUGUACUGGAUGAGUCUGUUGUUGUUGUGGGAGGUUGUGACCAAGGGGUCAAGAUGGAGAUAUAUGAUACACAGACUUUCUCAUGGGAAUCUGUCCCUGAUCCAGUGUAUAACAAGAAGAGCAAAGUUCUUUUGGUGGCUCCAUGUGGUGGGAAUAUCUGCGUUUGGAUGUAUUCAACUGGAGAGCGACGUGGCAGCAAACAACUGUUCAACCUGAAGAAACGUUCAUGGAGUUCUGAGCAGCCGUCUCAUCUGUCUCCUUCUCUUUUCAACACGCAGACAGUCUUGAUCGGAGACAUCAUCGUGAGAGUAAUCCUGGGAAAUAUUCGUUUCUAUGAUGAGGAAAGUGAUAGAUUUUUACUCGUGGAUGGGUACAGUGUUCUUGGUAAGCAGAUUCUCUACACCGCUGUCUCUGCUGGUGGGAAUCUUCUCGCAUUUAGCAGGAACAGAGCGGUGGGAACUCAAGCUGCAACGCUGUUCACAGAGGAGAUUAAGUUGGAAAAGCGUGGAGGUAAAGUUGUUGCAACUAUGCUCUGGUCAAGCACCACGGCAAACUUAGAUCAUCAGUCUCCAGUUCCUAGGUUCUUUGGUUCAGCCUGUGUUACCAAAUAG